AUGUCGGCCCCAACUUCCAAUACGCCGACCGAAAAAUCCGCCAACCCGCUGAAGCGGGUCGACCUCGACGGACACGACCUUCCUCCUUCUCCCGCCCCCUCCAGCCCACGCAACGGCCGCCUGAGAUAUGCCCUCGCCACCGAGCUGGUCUACACCGAUAGCAAGGACCAAUAUGGCGCUUCUAGUAUCCCCAUUUACCAGUCUGCCACCUUCAAGCAGUCCUCGGCCAACGGUGGCCAGCAGGAGUAUGACUACACGAGGUCUGGCAACCCCACGCGCACCCAUCUGGAGCGCCAUGUGGCUAAGAUCAUGAAUGCUUCGCGCGCUCUAGCCGUGAGCUCCGGUAUGGGCGCUCUUGAUGUCAUCACCCGCCUUCUCCGGCCCGGCGACGAGGUUAUCACCGGCGACGACUUGUACGGAGGCAGCCAUCGUCUCCUCACCUACCUAGCCGCCAACCAAGACAUUGUUGUCCACCAUGUUGACACCACUACCGUUGAGACUGUGCAGGCGCGGGUCUCGGAAAAGACGGCCAUGGUUUUGCUUGAGACUCCUACCAACCCCUUGAUCAAGAUUGUUGAUAUCCCCUCCAUCGCUCGUCUUGUCCAUGAGGCCAACCCCAAGGCCCUUGUCGUCGUCGACAACACGAUGCUUUCGCCCAUGCUCGCCAACCCCCUCGACAUGGGCGCCGAUAUUGUUUACGAGUCUGGUACCAAGUAUCUCUCGGGCCACCACGAUAUCAUGGCCGGUGUUAUGGCCUGCAACGAUUCCUCGGUCGCGGACAGGCUCUUCUUCGUCAUCAACUCUACGGGAUGUGGUCUUUCCCCCAACGACUCUUUCCUCCUUAUGAGAGGUAUCAAGACGCUCGCGAUUCGCAUGGAGAAGCAGCAGGCUAGCGCUCAGGCCAUUGCCGAGUUCCUUGAGUCCAAGGGUUUCCGGGUCAGAUACCCUGGCCUUAAGUCCCACCCUCAGUACGAUCUGCACUGGUCCAUGGCACGGGGGGCAGGCGCGGUUCUUUCAUUUGAGACUGGCGACAGCGCCGUCUCUGAGCGCAUUGUGGAGGCUGCCCGGCUUUGGGCAAUUAGCGUUAGCUUCGGAUGUGUCAACAGCUUGAUUAGCAUGCCAUGCCAGAUGAGCCAUGCCAGCAUCGAUGCGAAGACACGAAGAGAGCGGCAGAUGCCUGAGGACAUUAUUCGCCUUUGCGUCGGAAUUGAAGACGUGAAUGAUCUUAUUGAUGACCUCUCACGCGCACUUGUCCAAGCCGGCGCCGUGACGGUGACUUUGGAUGGCUUCCAUGCCGCGGGGGCGGCCAAGGAGUUGGGAGAAAAGCCCCUAACUGUAUAA